GGCCUUGCAGAUGCUCCAGCGAGGGCUUCAAUGCAAAAUGUCUUGCAGUUUAAUGGGUGCUAUGGCUGUUCAUGGUGCCUCCACCCUGGAGAGUUCAUUGAAGGUGCAGUAUUAUCUCUCUUAUGUGUGCGAUGUAAAGUUGUUGGAUGUCUGAACAGUGCUCUAAAAACGAUGUUUUAUUCUCCAGGUAGCGUCAAGUACCCUGUCACAGUGACUGCUGGAGACAGAGAUGCAGCUAUGAGGUUGUCAGACAUGAAAAUGGCAGCAGCUCUUCAGCGCACUGUCAAAGGUGUAAAAGCACCUUCGCCUCUCAUUAAUGUCCCUGGCUUUGACGAUGUGGGGAGCUUCCGUCCUCGUUUUAUGCACACUGUGUUGCUUAGUGUCGUGUGCCAGAUGACAGAUAUUUGGUUUUCAAAUGUGGGCAAAGCGCAGUACAUCGGAAGUGCCGGGACUUUAUCUGAAAUAGACGAUCGGCUCCUAAGCCAGAGACCUCCAUUUUAUUAUAACAGAACGCCAAGGUCCCUUAAGCUGAGAAGGUAUUGGAAAGCGUCCGAAUUGGAGGCUUGGCUUCUUUAUUACAGCCUUCCAUGCCUGAAAGGUAUCUUGCCAGCUGAGUUCCUUCAGCACUUUGCACUUUUGGUGUCUUCCGUCUACAUUCUCUUAGAGCCAUGGGACAGCAGAGGAUGUAGAGGACAGCAGCCAAAAAAAAAAAAACAAAUCACGCAAUUUGGGGUAAUGACCCAGUGUGACUAUGGAGCAGGUCAAAUGACGUCUAAUGUGCACACAUUGCUGCAAUUUCCCAAGAGCGUAGUGCUGCAUGAGCCACUCUGGGCAGUUUCGUGCUUCGAGUUUGAGAAUUACAUGGGGCACCUAGUAAACCUAGUGUCAUCUUCCAAUGGCAUCCCAUUUCAAAUCCUCUCCCGCAUCCUCUUGCUGAACAACUUUCAUCGGCUUCAGUCCAUGGCAUCACAUGAAGCCAAGGAGUUAUUAUGCGUGUGCCAGCACUUAGACCUCAUGGUUGUUUCUGGGCACAAUAGUGGAAGUGCAGCCGACUGGUGCAUCUACUGA